UAAAUUGUUGGGAAUUGGCGUGUACCUGUGAAAAUGUAUAAAAUGUUUGUGAGGAAUCUAGAAACAAGUGCACAGAGAGAAUGUGAGUAUGUGACUGUUGUGUAGUGGAAAGGCUAUCCGCAGACUGCAGCGGUGAGAUAGAGAGAGAGAGGUUAACUGGCGGCGUUUCCGAUACAUUCUGUGGGUUGCGUUGCAGGUAGUUGCAGUUACCGGCGGCGACGGCCAUGGAAGCCACCCAUUUCACUUCCUCUUCUUUUGUCUCUCAACACCAUGGCUCUACCAGAAGAAGACCCUUCGUAUUCAACCGCAACCAUAUCUGUUACGGUUAUUGCCCUCGCUUUCUGCGCCAAGCGCAAAGCCUCUCAUCGCCUCUCAUAACCCUUCGCGCCAAACACUCUUCACUCACCUCCGAACAACAACACCAGCAAAACGCCGACGAGGAUCAUCAGCUCCACCCCAACCCCUCCGUUAAGUUGCCGCUCGAUCAAAAUGGAAAACUCCCGGAUGUGGAUGUCAAACGAGAGCUUCUAUUGUUGUCUCUGCCUGCCCUUGCCGGUCAGGCGAUUGACCCCUUGUCGCAGUUGAUGGAAACCGCCUACAUUGGUCGACUCGGCACUGUCGAAUUGGCUUCUGCGGGCGUUUCCGUAUCCAUCUUUAACAUCAUUUCUAAGCUUUUUAACAUUCCUCUUCUCAGCGUUGCCACUUCCUUUGUUGCCGAGGACAUGGCCAAGGCUGCCUCUACUCAGCAUUCUGAUUCAGAUCAGGGUGCUACAGAAAAUACUGGCAAUGGUAAACCUUUCAAAGCAGUUCCCCAGAGAAAACAGCUAUCCUCUGUCUCCACUGCUUUGCUUUUAGCACUCGGCCUUGGCAUUUUUGAGGCUUUGGCUUUGUCCCUGGGAUCUGGAGCAUUUCUAAAUUUAAUCGGUGUAUCAACGCAAAAUCCAACUUAUGCUCCUGCACGGCACUUUCUCUCUUUAAGAGCUGUUGGUGCUCCUGCAGUUGUACUUUCUUUGGCUCUUCAAGGCAUUUUCCGUGGUUUUAAGGAUACGAAAACUCCUGUUAUAUGUCUAGGCAAGUGAUUGACACUUCAAGUUUGUGUUUCUUUGUUAA